AUGCACUGGCAGUCCAAGAUUGUGGACGCCCCGUUGGCGGAACAUAUUCCCUUCGACUGCUUAGCCAAGGAAGAUCUCGGCGAGCUAGAACGACGAGACUUGGAGAAACAAUUUCAGUUUCCUCAGUCGUUGAAGUCCCAAAUAUUUCCUCCGUUCACCGUCCAGCAUGUAUUUUGCGACGGUGCAGGUGUCCAUCGUAUUGUGUCUGCAUUUGCCUCUCUACUUCGGGGUGAGACAAUUGAGCCUAUUGAGGAGGCGCGACCGUCUGAGAUUCUGUUUCAGGCGCCCAAGCGGGGACAUCGGCUAGACGACCUCGCCAGGAAGCAAAAGGUUCACGUGACUAGACACGACCUCCUCAUGGCAAUAAUUGCGCAGGCCACAAUUAAAGCGUUCCCAGGCCUGUCCCCUACACCUAUAGGCUUCAUUUACAACUUCAACCAUCAUCUGGAAAAGCCGGCACCAUUGCACAACACUUUCUGGCCAAUAUCUAUUCCCCUGGCCCAGGGAAUUGAUAAGCCUCAUGGUGAUGACCAGCUCAUCGUGCUUGCGAUUCAGGUCCGCCAUGCUGUUUGUGCCGCCCGUAGCCCUGAAUGCUUAGAGCUCUUCCGUGAGAGAUAUGAAUCGAUGGGGCCCAAGCAGCCAUUGCACCCGGCCAAUCUCAACCCGAAUCGCCCCAAUAUCCAAGUUUCCUCUUCAGCGCAUCAAAAUUGGUAUGACAUAUCAUUUGGACCCGGGGUCAAACCCUACUAUGCAGAUUUUCAUGUACCGGUGAUAGAUGUUUUUGCAUAUCUUGGAUGGGAGUACCAUGACUUGAUUAUUACCACCAAGGACAAAGAAAAAUCUGGGUUCUGCAUUCAUGGCUCACUCCACACGGAGGUUUGGCGAUGGCUUGAGCAUAUCUGUGAUCCUUCAAUUCCAGCUCCUUCGCAAAAAGAGUAUGCGCGGCUCUGA